UGUGAUCAUUGUCGAGCACGUAAGAUUCGUUGCGACAGGUCUACACCUUGUGCAAACUGUGUAGCUGCAACAGUAUCAUGCAUUACCACUCAGGACAGACCCCAAGUCAAGCGCCAGAGAGUGUUGAUCUCGAAUGAAUACGAACGAAAGAUUGAUUUGAUGGAAGAACGUCUGCACAGUAUCGAGUCGCUUCUUACAGAGACUAACAAGAUGCUUCAUGCUCUCAUGAACAAACAGCAGCUCCAAGUUCCCGUGGAUCUUACACUUUCUACUUCCGUGGGUUUGCCUACCAACUCCGUAGACGAGGACAAUGACCAAAGUACAUCCUUUGUUGGCGAAACAUUGUUGCUCGCCCAUUCUCGAAAGGCUCGACACGAUGUUGAGCGGUUGUUGCAAUCGAGUCCGUUGUUACGCAACAACCCAGAGGUCAAGUCAGCUCUCGAUGUCUUGCAUAGUGCUAUGCUCCAUCCUCCCACAACCGGAUCCAAUCUCUUGCAUGCUACCUCCAGUAUUGAGUCGACAAGUCUUACACCCGAGUAUCUGCCUCCUUAUCGUACCAUCUUGGGAGUGAUACACGAAGCCCAAGCCAGUGACAGUAUUUUUUUUCUAAUCUGGUCACCAUUUUUCACACCUUCGGAGUUUUUGCAACUUUUUGAUCAACUGUAUAAGAGCCUCGACACUUGUUCCAUUGCCACAAAAACGAUUGUUUGCGGUGCACUACAUUACAUGCUGUGUGAGCAUCUGACCAUGCGCAAAAUUCACAAGAAUUCUUCGCACUGGUGGUACAGCAAGCGUUUUCUCGAGUUCUUCGAGCACUGUCUACGAUCUUAUGAUAUGCUAUCUUUGCCAUCCACGGAGAACAUACUGGCAUUAGUUUUCGGUGCCGGUCAUGCAAUUCAGAAAGGUGAUCAUGCAUCUGCGAGGCUGACGGUCUCGAUGGCGUAUGCCAUGACUCAGGCUCUUGGAUGGCACAGAAUGUCUGAUCAAAGCCUGGAACAGACUCAGGCUCAAAGAAUUUUGUUCUGGAUCCUUUAUUACUUUGACAAGUGCUUGUCGUUACGACUAGGUCGUUCGGCUGUCCUUCAAGAUGACGAUAUCACCAUGGACUACCCAAGAGAGCCACUUCAAUCAAACUUUAGAGGCUGGUAUCUGUGGUUUCGAACAAUGAUCGAGAUUGCCUCUGUACACGGUUUGAUCUACGAGCAACUCUACAGUCCCGGAGCUCUCAAACAUUCUUCCCAGCAAAGACUGCAAUACGUUGAGGAGCUAGCCGCACGCCUGGACGUGACAUCGAAAGUAAACUCCGAGAUAGUCGAAGAGACUGUCUACCGAAGACAAUAUAUGUCGUUUCUUGUCGGAUCAAACGCGGUUGUGAUCGGUUGCUUACAAACCUUAAUAUAUCGGGCUCUCGUCCCUCCAGACAGCGACAUGCUGUUCGGCCUUGAUCCUAGAUGUCUUUCUGCUGCACGGGCAACGAUCCGCAGUCAUCUGAGCAUGGUGGACUUCAUAAAGUCCAGUAAAAAUGGCAGCGCCAAUGAUUAUGUCAGUUGGGCUAUCCUGAACUGCCCUUCUACUCCUUUCAUCGUCCUUUUCUAUGCUGCCAUCACAUCGCCAAACUUGGGAGAUCUUGAGUUGCUCGAGAGUUUCACAAAAUCGCUCGAAGUCAUGCAGCUUAGAUCGCCGGAAGUAAUACAACAUCUGCAGAAACUAUGUCAGGCAUUUUUGUCGCUUGCCAGACUGUACGUAAAUGCC